AUGAGCACUUUAUCCCCUGCCGACGAGGCGCAAUUGAAGGCGCAGCUUCAGGACGCUGUCGUUUCUUGCACCGAACGCUGCCUUUAUCAGUCCGCAAAAUGGGCUGCUGAAUUGCUGAACUCGUUACCUUCGUCCGACGACAAUGGCUCCGACACCGAAAUUGACUCUCCCAUGUCCGAUGCUCCUCCCCGUACCCCGAUAAGACAGCUCCACAAGGAUGCCACAGAACUAAGACUCGAGGCCCGUGAAAUGCCAAAGUUUCUCUUGGCGAAGUCUUUGUUCGACUGCCGAGAGUACGAUCGAUGCGCCGCCGUCUUCCUCCCUAGCACCCUGCCGAAAGGCUCUAUAAAUCCCAUACCUUCUCCCGCCGCAAAAGUAAAGCACCCUUGGAAAGGGAAGGCAAAAAUGGGUACUCCAUCAAAAGGAACGACUUCGAUAAGGUCGGUACUGGGGCUGAGCCAGAAAGCGCUGUUCUUGGCUUUGUAUGCAAAGUACAUUGCUGGUGAGAAGCGAAUGAACGAGGAGAGUGAAAUGAUCUUAGGUCCUCAGGAUGGGGGCGUAACUCUAAACAAGGAGUUGUCGGGUGUCUCUGCAGUACUCGAGGAAUGGUUCACUAACCUACCAUCGAGCGGAAGACAGCCGCAGGGAUGGUUGGAAUACUUAUACGGCAUCGUCCUCGCGAAGGGAAAGAACGAGAAGUUGGCCGUUGACUUCUUCGUUCGUAGUGUAAACCAGUAUCCCUACAACUGGGGCACAUGGCAGGAAUUAUCCAGUCUCUUGGGGACGGUAGAGGAACUCCAGCAAGUUCAAAUGCGGCUGCCUCAAAAUAUUAUCUCCUUCAUAUUUCAUAUCAGCGCGUCUCAGGAACUCUACCAGUCGACAGAGCAAGUCCAUAAUUCUCUUACGCAAAUUUUGUCCUUCUUCCCCACCUCUGCAUUCCUGCAGACUCAGCGGGCACUCUUGCAUUACCACACUAAAGAUUUUGAAGAAGCCGAGCAAAUCUUCUCCAAUCUUCUCAUCACAGACCCGCACCGCAUCGACUCUCUGGACAAUUACUCCAACAUUCUUUAUGUAAUGGGUCUAAGGCCAAAGCUGGCUUUUUUAGCUCAACUUGCCACCGCAACCGACAAAUUCCGACCCGAAACAUGUUGUGUAGUAGGGAACUACUACUCCCUAAAAUCAGAACAUGAGAAGGCUGUUAUGUAUUUCCGUCGAGCACUUACCCUAGAUCGAAACUUCCUCUCUGCCUGGACGUUAAUGGGUCACGAGUUUGUGGAAAUGAAAAACACACAUGCCGCCAUUGAAUCAUACCGCCGUGCAGUGGACGUCAAUAGAAAGGACUACCGCGCAUGGUAUGGCCUUGGCCAAACCUAUGAAGUCUUAGAAAUGCAUUCCUAUGCUCUAUUCUAUCACCAACGGGCUGCAGCUCUCCGUCCGUACGACCCAAAGAUGUGGAUGGCGGUUGGUCAGUGUUUUGGAAAGGUGGGGAAGGUCAUGAACGGUAUACGAGCAUACAAACGGGCCCUAGUUGCAGGUUCAUACUAUGACGCUGGAGUAGGAUCGAGCUUCGGCAGCGGCGAAACCCCUGGGCUAGGGGGAGGAGUCCUUGAUCCUGAUGUUCUAUACCAGAUAGCUUUGCUCUACGAGCGCAUCCAAGAAACGACUGAGUGCUCAGCUUAUAUGGAGCUAGUGCUCGCUCAAGAAGAAGGUCCAGAAUACGAAGAGUUCAGUGGGGAAGCUAGCGGUGGAGUCGGAGUUACCCCGACAACGAGUAAGGCUAGAUUGUGGCUUGCCCGAUAUGAAUACAUGAGAGGCAUGUAUCAAAGGGCUAUGGAGCUCGCAAAUGAGCUGUGUCAAGAUGGCGUGGAGGUCGAAGAUGCGAAGGCAUUAGUCCGAGAUAUUCGGGCAAGGAUUGAGAGAGAUAGGGGGGAG